GUUUCUUAAUCCAAUAUUGAGUCUUGACGUCCAAGUCCUCCCACCAUGUUUUCGUCCUCGAUUUUGGGCGUAGCCUUCUUGGCUGUCCUUGGUAAGACAGUCAGCGCGCAGGACGAUGUGAUCACAAGUGAUGAGUUCUUCUACGGCGACUCGCCGGCAGUGUAUCCGACUCCGGGUAUGGAUGAGAAUGGUACAUGGGGCGAUGCGAUGAGCAAAGCGAAGGUCUUGGUCGACCAGAUGACACUGGAAGAAAAGGUGAAUUUGACCGGUGGCGUCACUUCCGAGACGGGAUGCUCAGGGUUCAUACCCGGUGUAGAACGUCUAGGCUUCCCCGGCUUGUGUCUCGCAGAUGCCGGGCAAGGCGUCAGAUCAACAGACUAUGUCAGCUCUUGGCCGUCUGGCAUUCAUGUUGGUGCCAGUUGGAACAAAGAACUCGCCCGCCAACGAGCCCAUUUCAUCGGCAGCGAGGCCAAAGUAAAGGGUGUAAACGUCUUGCUGGGACCCUGCGUGGGGCCCGUUGGUCGAGUCGUCAGUGGUGGGCGUAAUUGGGAAGGUUUCUCAGUCGACCCCUACUUAUCCGGUGGCUUGGUAUACGAGACGGUGUCUGGCAUCCAGGGCGCCGGAGUAAUGACCAGCACCAAGCACUUCAUCGGCCAGGAACAGGAGACUCACCGCAUUCCCUCCAGUUCUGGUGAUUACGUCGAGGCUGUUUCUUCCAACAUUGAUGACAAGGCGAUGCAUGAGCUUUAUUUAUGGCCUUUCUAUGACGCUGUUCGUGCAGGAACAGGGAGCGUCAUGUGCUCUCUACAGAGACUCAACAACUCUUAUGCUUGCGGAAACAGCAAAUCCCUCAACGGCUUACUCAAAGGGGAACUGGGCUUCCAGGGCUGGGUUGUGUCUGAUUGGAACGCCCAGCACGGAGGAGUUUCAACUGCACUAGCUGGUCUUGACGUAGCCAUGCCCAACUCCGACGGUUUCUGGGGAGAAUAUCUCGUGGAAGCGGUGAACAAUGGUUCUGUCACCGAGUCUCAUCUUGACAACAUGGCAACGAGAAUUCUCACAUCAUGGUACCAAUUAAAGCAAGACCAAUCCGGCUUUCCCAAACCCGGUUACGGAAUGCCCCUAAACCUUAAACUUCCCCACAACGUCGUCGACGCCCGCAACAAGAGCGCAAAGUCAACCCUCUUCGACGGCGCAGUCGAAGGCCAUGUUCUCGUCAAGAACACCGGCAGCUCUCUUCCCCUGGACUCCUCCAAGAUGAAACUUAUUUCCCUUUUCGGUUACUCUGCCAAAGCCCCCAACCAAAACAACUACGAAGACCCCGCCGGAGACGCGUCCUUCAGUGCCUGGCCCAUGGGUGCAGAAUCAGGCAACCUUGAAGAGCUCAACGUCGGGUUUUUCGGAAACCUGAGCCAUUCCUACGCGAGCAUCUCCCCUAAUGGGACCCUCGUCUCCGGUGGUGGCUCGGGAUCUACGGCGCAGAACCUCAUUAGUGCACCUUACGAUGCCCUAGUUGCCCAAGCGCAUGAAGACGGCACCGCUUUGUUCUGGGACUUCGAAUCCGGAAACCCCUCCGUGAACCCCACUUCCGACGCAUGUAUUGUCAUAGGGAACACUUGGGCUACCGAGGGUUACGACCGCCCCUCCCUGCGGGAUGACUUCACAGACGGCCUGAUCCAGACAGUAGCGGACCAGUGCGCAAACACCAUCGUCGUGUUCCAUAACGCGGGCGCACGAAUGGUUGACACUUUUAUCGACCACCCCAACGUGACGGCGGUCAUCUUUGCGCAUUUCCCGGGCCAGGAGAGUGGGAAAGCCUUGAUCUCUAUCUUAUACGGGCAAAGCAACCCCUCCGGGAAGCUGCCGUACACAGUUGCGAAGAACGAGUCAGAUUAUGGGGCGCUGUUGAAAGCGGAUAUGACGCUUGCUACUGAUCGGUACCAGAAGUUCCCGCAGUCGGAGUUUGACGAGGGGGUGUUUAUUGAUUACAAGCAUUUCGAUUCGCUAAAUAUCACGCCUCGGUAUGAGUUUGGGUUUGGGUUGAGUUACACUACGUUUGGGUAUGCGGAUUUGGAGGUGGUCAAGACGGAUGUCCAGACGCAGGUUUAUCCGACGGGGGAUGUAGUUGAGGGUGGGCAGGAGGAUUUGUGGGAUGUGGUUGCGCAUGUUACGGUUAAGGUGUCGAAUACGGGGGAUCGAGACGGAAAGGAGAUUGCGCAGUUGUACGUGGGUAUUCCGGGGGAUGAUGUGCCGGCGAAACAGCUGAGAGGGUACGAAAAGUCCCUGAUUGCCGUCGGAGAGACGAUUUCAGUCGACUUCCCGCUAACGAGGAGGGACUUGAGCGUGUGGGAUGUUGCGGCACAGAUAUGGAAGUUGCAAGCUGGGGAGUAUCAGCUGUUUGUGGGGAGCAGCAGUCGAGACCUGCCACUCAAAGGUACAUUGACGCUAUGA